AUGGCGAUCGUAUCCGGCGUAAAUAUCCCUGACAAUAAGCGCGUCGAAAUUUCCCUGCGCAGCAUCUACGGCAUUGGACCGUAUCAUGCAAAGGAUAUCGUCGAGAAGGCGGGCAUUGUGGGGAAUCCCCGCGUGCGCGAGCUCGACGAGACCGACCUUACUCGCAUCAGGGAGAUCGUUGACCGCGAGAAGAUUGUCGAAGGCGACCUGCGGCGCGAGGUGGAUAUGAACAUCCGCCGCCUUAUGGAUGUCGGCGCAUAUCGUGGCCUGCGACAUCGCAGGGGCUUGCCUUCCCGCGGCCAGCGCACACGCACGAACGCGCGCACGAAGCGCGGCAGACGCCAGACUGUCGCCGGACGCGGGCAGAGGUCGACUACAAAGUAG